ACAAAAUGGAAGCAUUAGAAACAGAGGCGGCACAAAGCAAGGAAGUACUGAAGGAAGAGGAGGAGUCACCAAUAGAGCAAGUCCGGCUGACGGUACCGACCACAGACGACACGUCACUGCCGGUAUGGACAUUCCGCAUGUGGUUCCUGGGGGUGCUGUCCUGCGCCCUCCUCUCCUUCCUCAACCAAUUCUUCUCAUACAGAAGACAGCCACUCGUCAUCACACAGAUCACCGUCCAGGUGGCGACCCUCCCAAUCGGACGCCUCAUGGCCUCUAUUCUCCCCACAACCAAGUUUCGGAUCCCGGGGUUCGGGUCACGCCACUUCUCUCUCAACCCGGGCCCAUUCAACAUGAAGGAGCAUGUGCUCAUCUCCAUAUUUGCUAAUGCCGGAAGCGCUUUCGGAAAUGGCCCGGCUUACGCCGUCUAUAUAGUUGACAUUAUAAAGGUUUUUUAUCACCGGAGAAUCUCUUACUACACUGCUUGGCUUCUUAUCAGCACUACCCAGGUGUUGGGAUACGGCUGGGCUGGGCUGCUGAGAAAGUAUGUGGUGGAGCCGGCUCAUAUGUGGUGGCCUAGCACUCUUGUUCAAAUCUCUCUCUUCCGGGCAUUGCAUGAAAAAGAAGAAGAAGAGGAAGGAAAGAAACGCCGAAUGACACGAGUGAAAUUCUUUGUAAUCGCCUUAGUUUGUAGUUUUUGCUGGGAAUUUUUUCCCGGGUACCUAUUUCAAACCCUACAAAGCAUCUCGUGGGUCUGCUGGGCCUUUCCCAAUUCAGUGACAGCCCACCAAAUCGGGUCGGGUUUUAAGGGGCUUGGGAUUGGGGCCUUGACCUUGGAUUGGACAACAGUGGCCUCGUUCCUAUUCAGCCCUCUAAUAUGCCCCUUCUUUGCAAUUGCUAAUGUCUUCGUAGGGUAUACAUUGAUAGUCUACGUUGUAGUUCCCAUUUCCUACUGGGGGUUGAACAUUUACAGUGCUAAAACAUUUCCCAUUUAUUCCGCCGACUUGUUUACCGCUCAAGGCAAGGAAUACAAUAUUUCAUUGAUCGUCAAUGACAACUUUGAGUUAGAUCGUGCACAGUAUAAGCAGCAAGGGAAUGUCCAUUUGAGCAUUUUCUUUGCUCUUGCCUACGGCUUUGGCUUUGCGACCAUUGCAGCCACACUUUCUCACGUGGCUUUGUUCAAUGGAAGGGAGAUUUAUGAUCGAUAUCGAGCAUCUUCAAAAGGAAAGGAGGAUAUUCAUACAAGACUAAUGAAGAAGAACUACAAGGACAUACCUUCAUGGUGGUUUUAUUUGCUUCUAAUUGUGACUAUCGCUGUCUCCCUUGCACUCUGUAUCUUCCUGAAAAAGGAGGUCCAGAUGCCAUGGUGGGGCCUUCUUUUCGCAGCUGCUCUUGCCUUCGCCUUCACCCUUCCCAUCAGCAUCAUAACUGCUACCACCAAUCAGACGCCAGGACUCAAUGUGAUCACGGAGUACAUAAUGGGAAUAAUAUUGCCAGGUAGACCAAUAGCCAAUGUGUGCUUCAAGACAUAUGGGUAUAUGAGCAUGAGCCAGGCUAUCUCAUUUCUUGGUGAUUUCAAAUUGGGCCACUACAUGAAGAUCCCUCCAAGAUCAAUGUUCCUUGUACAGUUCCUUGGAACAAUCAUCGCAGGAACAAUCAAUCUCAGCGUGGCAUGGUGGCUUUUGACCACUGUCGAAAACAUAUGCCAACCAAACAUCUCUGAAAACAGUCCAUGGACAUGUCCCCACUCCCGUGUCUUCUUCGAUGCGUCUGUUAUCUGGGGUUUGGUUGGACCCAAGCGCAUAUUUGGCUCUCAAGGAGACUACUCGGCCCUCAACUGGUUUUUUCUUGGGGGAUUAUUGGGGCCAUGUGCUGUAUGGCUCCUCCACAAGGCAUUCCCAAAACAAUCUUGGAUUCCCCUCAUCAACCUACCGGUGCUUCUGGGAGCGACAGGCUAUAUGCCGCCGGCAACAACGUUGAACUAUACUUCCUGGAUUUUGGUCGGAACAUUCUUCAACUUUUUCAUCUUCAGGUAUCGGAAGAAAUGGUGGCAGAGGUAUAAUUAUAUCCUGUCUGCAGCUUUGGAUGCCGGAGUGGCGUUCAUGGCUGUUCUGAUUUACUUCUCAUUUGGCAUGGAGAACAGAAACUUGCACUGGUGGGGCUCCAACCCUAACAUUGAUAUUGAGCACUGUGAACUUGCAUCUUGCCCCACUGCCAAGGGUAUAUCGGUCGACGGCUGCCCAAUAUUCUAAGUCUCAUAUUUAAUAUAUGUAAGUCUAUAAGAAACAGAAGGUGCUUGUAUUAAUGUAAAGGAUUGAGGAUCUUUAUAGUAGGUCUCUAUAAAAAUCUACUUCUGUUUGGUAUACAUUUUGCUUAAUUUCAUGAAUCAUGCUUGUUUUA